UGAUCUUCAGUAGGCAUCUAUCUCGGCGAGCUAGGCAUACCUCUAGCUCAAACGAAUCCUAGCAAGCUGCCGAUCAGAUCAGCCUGCUUGGGCUUUGCUCGUAGAGCUAUAGUCAGUGUUACCCCGCCUGGCUCUCGAUUAGCAAGUGAGGUGAUCAAUUUUCGCCGACUGCCGACUCCGAGGAUGAUUCGACGAACCAAGCCGAGUGUCCAUUACGCAUGGGAUGUCCUAGUGGCUGCAGUCCCCAGCAAAGAUGGAGCACUGACAAUGGUAUUUUCUACCGAUUCCGAACGGUACAUUUUUGGGGCUGGCGAAAAUGCACAGCGGGCUCUGGCGCAGACUUCUGCUCAGGUCGGCAGAACGAGAGUCGUCAUGGUUGGUGAUGCGAAGCUCGAUAGUCGAGGCGGAUUGCCUGGUCUCACCAUGAAGAGAUUGGACGAUGGUGCAGACGAGCUGGACCUCAUUGGUCCACCGGAUAUGCGACACUUCAUGGCCACGUACAAAGCAUCGGUCACACGAGCCGAGUGCAAGCUCAAAGUCGUGCCCCAUCCGUACCAGUUACCUUCAGGUGAGGCUCAUGUCAUCUAUACCGGAGACCACCUCCACAUCAAGUCGAUCGCACUUAAACCUGCGGCCGAAAUGGACUCGGGAUCGGGAGGCGAGUCCAGCAGCGCGUCACGGAUCCCUCGAUCAUACUUAGAGGAAUGGGCAAAGUCUAUCGUCGAUCAAAUGUUUCCAGCAAAAGCGAAUCUCUCGAAACAUAGUCCGAGCUCUCCGCUCCCACUGCCACCACAGGAUGAGACUCUCACCGAUAUGGUCUACAUACUCCAAGGUAUCGAUAUCAUCGGAAAGUUUGAUAAUGCCAAAGCGAAAGAACUCAAAGUUCCUUUCGGUCCGAUACGUGCCAAGCUGGUGGCUGGAGAAGCGAUCGAGUUCGAGGAUCCCGAUGAGCCAGGGAAGAUCUUGAACGUCAAGGCAGAGGACGUUGUCGGCGAGACUGUACCCGGUCCAGCCGUUAUCAUAGUCACCUGCUCGGCUGAAAAUUUGGACCGCCUCUUGGUAUCGCCUGCUUUCGACAAGUAUCAGGGAGACGCUGCCGUCCAUGAGGUCGUCUAUGUGAUUCACCAGAUACCUGCCGAGGUACUCUCUAAUCCACAUUACCGGCAAUGGAUGACCAAGUUUGGCGCAAAGACUCAGCACCUCAUCGCCGAUACUACCAAUCUGUCGAAUGAGGUUGUUAUGCGGGGCUCGGCUUGGGCGAUGCUGAAAUUGUCGUUGUUGGACGAGCAGAUUUUCCCCCUUCCUUAUGGACCGCCCGACCCACAACGGGCUGACAAUCUUCCACCAAAUACGACUUACCUUACACAUGGCGCCUCCUUCCGCAUACAUCCCCGUGGCGCGCCUCUCCCGCCAUCUGCGGAACGAGAUCGGCCUUUCCCCACGACUCGGCAGGGAAUUGAACAUGCCAAGGCAUUGUACAGCAAUCAGCAUUACAUAGCAAAUGUUUGUCGGCGCGCUAAACAGGCUGUUCAACGAGAUUCGAGGCAUUCGUCACCGCCGUCAUUCGCAGGCGAGGACAUAACAGUGACAACGCUCGGAACUGGUAGCGCUGUGCCAUCCAAACUGAGAAAUGUGUCUGCCACUCAUCUAGACAUCCCUGAUGUCGGAGGGAUCCUCUUGGAUGCCGGAGAAGGCACGACCGGUCAGCUAUAUCGACGUUUUGGCACGGAGCUUGCCACAGUCUACGAGAAUCUCAAGGCCAUCUUCAUCAGUCACAUGCAUGGCGACCAUCAUCUUGGCAUCCAAUCGGUCCUGCGCGAGCGUUUUCAGCUUGGGAUAAACUCCAAGCUGUACAUCAUUGGCCCACUCUACCUGGCCAAUUCCUUAGCUGGAUCGAGUGGUUGGCAGCAAGGAAUACCACAGGGAGCACUGGACAAUAUAAUCUUCAUCAACAACUUCGACAUGAUUGCAGGACCAUUGAUCAAGACGCUUGACAAGACAGAAGCAGGUAAUGACGUCUCGGAGUGGGCCCCAACCGGGCUCCAAACGGAUAAAUUCCCAAUCUCUGAGGCCUUCCUAACGGGGCAUCAUCGUUGGCCCCAGCACGAUAUUCUUGAAGCUAAUGCACUGAGCACCAUACUUUCCCAGCAUUCAGCAGCUCUUAUGAUGAAGGAUCUGGGGUUUGUCGGAUUCCGGUCACCGAAAAUGCGACAUCGAGGCUGGGCAUGGGGUUUGGUGUUGGAACAUGAAUCCGGUUGGAAGAUCUCUUAUUCUGGUGACACGAUGCCUUGUCACGAUUUUAUCACUUCGGCGUACGGAUCGACCCUGAUGAUCCACGAAGCGACACUGGAUGAUGAACAUAAGCAGGACGCAUUAGAGAAGGGCCACUCAACGUUUUCGCAAGCUCUCUCCGUCGGGUAUCAAGCGAAGGCUCAGAAUCUACUUCUCACACAUUUCUCUCAACGAUACCCUCGAGUCGCUCGACUGAAGGGCGAUCAAAAACCAGGAGACGGCCCAGAACUCGCCAUUGCUUUUGACCUCAUGAGUAUCAAGAUCCGGGACAUGUGGCGAAUGCAAUACUAUACCGAUGCGUUCGACACACUCUUCCCGCCUGAGCAAGAGGCUGAGAGCGGCGAUGUCGAUGGAGGAGAGGACCAAAGCGUAUCUCGCGCAGCGAGAAAGCGCCAAUCGUCACCUUCACGAUUCACUCCUCCGCCGAUCCCCCUGAAUGGGUCGUCCAAGAAAUCAAAACAAGAACGAAGAAAGCCUGCUCAGCCCCAGAGAGCUACUUCUCCGACCAAUCGGGCGCAAAGUACACUUCAUUCUGGCUCGUUGAAGAGGAGCUGGUCCGAUCGAUAGCAUAUUCUGGGAAAAUAUGUUGUAACACAUUGCAUUUGUAUCCAUACCUAAAAGCAUGCAUCCACCCUCUGCCACG